AUGUCUUAUGACCAAAACCCAUCAGUUGGGAGAUACCAGUAUGUAUACAAUCAAAGAGCAAGCCUUAAUUUAGAUGGUGGAUUCAAGUCAUCAGAUGGUCCUGAUUUUUUCUUGGCUGAUUACAGAAUUAGACCCCAAAGAAUGAUGAAGAUCGCCAUCGAUGGUAAUCUAAGAGUUUACAGUUUCAUUGAACAUCUAACAAGAAAGGAAUGGCAAGUUCAAUGGCAAAUCGUUUCCCGUUCUUGUAGGGUUCAUGGUAUUUGCGAAACAAAUAGUCUUUGUACUUAUUCACAAGAUGUAGGUAGGAGAUGCAUUUGCUUACAUGGCUACAAGAUGGUGAAUUUUGAAGAUUGGAGUUACGGAUGUGCACCUGAAUUCGAGGGUUGUAGUCCAGAUAACGAGGGUUUCAUUAAGCUUACCUAA